AUGGAGCUUCGAACGCGGCUGUUUGUCGCUGUCUGCGUCUUCCUAUUGGAAGGGCCGGCAACACUAGCAUCUACUUACUCGUGCCAUCAAAAUAAUGUUGAUGUACAAUUUACAUUAUCAAUAGCAGCUCAUUCUGCAUCGAAUCCGGCAUCCAAUUGUUAUGUACAACAAUGUAAUGUAACUUCAACUGAUAAUAAUACUUGUUCUUUACCACCAGCACCAGCACCUUGCUUCAAUUAUCGUUCAAUAAACAAUGUUAGUUAUUGUGCUCCAGUUAACACUUCAGCAACGGUAACAACAAGUACUCUUAGCACUACAACUAGUACAACUACUCUUUCAACCACCACAACAACGACAUCGACUUCGUCUACGAGUUCGACAUCAUGGACUUCGUCUACGAGUGCGACAACAUCGACUUCGGCUACGAGUUUGACUACAUCGACUACGUCUACAAGUUCGACAACGACAUCGACUUCGUCUACGAGUUCGACAUCAUCGACUUCGUCUACAAGUUGGACGACAACGACAUCUACGACGACUACAUCACCGUUCGUAGGGCGUUAG